AUGGAUGAAGCAAAUUUAAGUAAAAUAGAAUAUUUAUCUACGAGUAAAAAAAUCUCAGAAGAAGAUAAUGAAGAUUAUAAUAUUAAUAAAACCGAUGAUGAAGAAAAUAAUGAUAAUUAUAAUGAAGAUAAAGAUAAAGAUAUAGAUGAUAUAAUACAAGUUGAUAUUAAAGAAGGAUUAAGUAAAGAAAUUAUAGAAGGCUUUAAACUUUUGCAUUUAAAAUCAUUAUAUAAUUUUACGGAAGCU